AUGGCCUGUGCACGGGUCACUUGGACGGACGAGUUCAAGGCCGACGUUAUCAACAUUGCAAUUGCUGAAGGAGUACCUCAAAGAGAGGGUCGUUAUGGCGUGGGAGAACUAUGGGCCAACACAACCAAUCGCUUUGUCCGGCAGCUGCAGGACGAGGGUGAUGUUGAUUUUAUGCGAGCAGUGACUGUUAGGAAGGUUCGACGGAUUGUGCAGGAGGUGAUCAGCAUCGUCCGCGACUACCUGAAGAAGAAGCCAUCAACAGGGACCGCAAACACACCUCCGUUUGGUGAAGGCGUCAUGCAGGCCGCAACACUGUUCAUCGAGCAGGCAAGUGCGGCCCCCUCCAAAUCGGCAACGACGCUCGCACGCGAGCAGCGCCAAGCAGAAGAGCAAGAGAUGAUCGACGCGGCCAUGCAGUCUGGCAGGAUCGCUGAGUCGGUGGAUGACGUGCCAACACCCAAGAAACCCAAGAAGAACCAUCGAUCCAAGUCAAUCGACGACACGCAGGUAUUUCAUCGGGCACUUGACGCGCUCCUUGAGGAUUGCAAGCGCGCAAGGGAACAGCAAGAGAGGUAA